AUGAAGGUUUGUAGCGGUGGUGCGCGCGAGCUGUACGCGCUCGCGAGCCCUUGCUCUCGUGAAUUUUGGUCUGCUGUACUCCCUGCUGGGUUUGUAGCCUUUGUGCUGCUCUCGCUGGUCCCAAUUCCUACUCUGCUGCGGAGUACGGUGAAUGCCAUCAAGCGACCGUUCACUGAAUUCAUGAGUCUCCCCGAGGCGGAGGCCCUUGACGCGGGGGAAGACGUGUCCGAGGAAGAGAUCCUCAAAGAAGCCUCGCCAGCUCCGCUCUGGCGUGGCGUCCUGCUGGCCUUCGUCGCCGUGGUCGAGACGCUCGUCUGGCUCGGCAUUUGCGCCCGCGCGAUGUACCUCGAGCCGGAGGAGCGUUGGAAAGCUAUGUACGCGUUCCUUGUUGCAUUCUCGUGGUUCUAUGCGGCUGGCCGGCCUGUCGUCGCUCCGACCGCGACUGUGCCAAGCGACUUGUUCAUACUCUUCUUCAUGCGCUUCGUGCUUAGCCUACUCAUGUUCGGCGGCGUGCUGUUUGACCACGCGGUGUAUGGGUUCCCGCUUCCCUCUCCACUGGCACUGGCUGCGUACAUUGCGGAUCUGGUUGCAGCCGCACUGCUACUGCUGGUCGUAGUUAACAUGCCGCUCGCGAUCCCGAGUCGGCGGGUUAACAAGGCAGAAAUCGGGAAGUCCGUUUCGCCCGAGGACUACACCACGCUGUGGGGUUGGGCGUCGUUCAUGUGGGUGAUGCCCCUCAUCGAUCGUGGAACUGUUACUACUCUUAGCGAAGACGAUGUGUGGGCACUGAGCCCGACGAUGCAGGCGCGCCCUCUGUACAUCAAGUUCAUGAGGUCAAAGAGUUUGUCGCUCUUGCGUCGCCUGUGGUCCACAAACUCGAAGGACAUAAUCCUCGACGCGGUGCUCGCGAUAGUGAGCAUCGUCUUCAACUACGCGGGGCCGUUCUUCCUGAAGAGGAUUCUGGAUGCCCUCGACUCGCGUUCGGAUCCGACGUCGGAGAUGCACGCGAUUGCAUGCGUCUUCGCCUUCCUCGCCUUCCUGUCCACGCUCUGCAAGGCUGAGUCGGAUGUGCAGCACCUGUGGUACAGUCGCCAUGCGAGCAUUCGUGCUCGUUCGGAACUUAUGACUGCAAUCUACGAUAAGGCGCUGAAGCGGAAAGAUUUCUCUGGUAUCAUUGACAAGGAAAAGAUGAAGGAGGCCAAGGAGGCCAAGGAUGCUAAGGGCAAAGCUCCCGAGCCCGCUAAACCAGCCGAGAAGAAAGAUCCUAACGUUGAUGAUCCCAAAGCGGGCGCGGAUAUUGGCAAGAUCGUGAACUUGAUGGCGGGUGAUGCUGGCAGGAUCGCAAAUGUGAUAUCCAGCAUGUACAUGAUAAAUGGUGCUCCUUUUGAAAUCGUAGUCGCAAGCACAUUCCUGUAUCAACUCAUGGGCCUUUCGGCCUUUGCUGGCUUUAUUAUACUGGUAGUCGGCUGGCCGCUUAACAAUCAUGUUGCCAAACGUGCUGUGCGCAUCCAAAAGGGAGUCUCCACGGCGCGCGAUAAGCGGAUGAGUGUCCUGAACGAGUUGAUUGGGGCGGUCAAAUUCAUCAAGUUUUUUGCGUGGGAAGAGCGUUGGACCGAACGCGUAAUGGAUGCGCGUGAGGUUGAGAUGCAGUGGAUGGUGAAAUCCCGAGUGAACAACGUCAUGUUCUCUCUUAUUUGGACGACUGCCCCGAUUUUGCUCUCCGUCACCUCGUUCACUGUGUACGUUCUGCAGGGUAAUGAAUUGACAGUCGGCACAGCGUUCGCUGCUAUCACACUGUUCUCCAUGAUCAGGGUACCGCUCAAUACCAUUCCGGCUUGGAUAGUCCAGGCUCUAGAGGCGAAGGUCGCGUUGGAUCGUAUCGCGACAUAUCUGGGAGAGGAAGAAGUCGACGAACAAGUAUCUUCACUGAAGCGCAAGUACGUGAAGCCCACAGACGUCGAAGAAGAGGGUUUUGGCAUCGUCAACGGCGCAUUCAAGUGGAACGAAGUUAAGGAGAAAGACGAGUGCAAGGACAAGAACGGAAAGCAGAAGCGGAGAUCACCUUUCGACUCGGGGUCGGACGAGACGAACACAGUCGUCGAAGGACAGUCCUCUGCAGGAGAUACCGAAGGUGACCUGGCUGUUGACAUGAAUCAUCGCUUUGAGUUGCGUGACAUCAACGUCAUGUUCCCUGAAGGCGAGCUGUCCGUCGUUACUGGACCGACUGGGAGCGGGAAAACUGCACUCUUGAUGGCAUUGCUGGGUGAAUUGACACGUUUGGAAGGCCGCAUCGUGAUGUCGAAGAACCCGUCGAAAGUGGAUGAACACGGUCUGUCGCAUACAAUCUCGUAUUCGGCGCAAUCUCCAUGGUUGCGCCAUCAAUCGAUCAAGAACAACAUUAUCUUCGGGUUCCCUUAUGACGAGGAGCGUUACAAUGCAGUCAUCGAAUGCUGCGCUCUGCAGACGGACCUGAGCAUUCUUGAAGAUGGAGACGCGACAGAGAUUGGCGCUCGGGGUGUCAGUCUUUCCGGUGGACAGAAGGCCCGAGUUGCGCUCGCACGUGCAGUGUAUGCGCGUAGCAAGUACGUCCUACUCGACGAUCCUUUGAGUGCAGUGGAUAGUCACACUGCGCGCUUCUUGGUCGAGCGGCUCUUGUGCGGACCUCUGUUGGAACACCGUACUGUGAUCCUCGUCACCCAUCAUGUCGAGCUCGUCCUUCCCGGAGCGCACUACCUUGUACGUAUGCUAGAUGGGCGGAUAGAUAUGCAGGGCAUGAUCAAGGAUCUACGUGCCCAAGGCAUUUUGGAUUAUAUUACUCAUGAUGAAUCAGUCGAAGCUCACAAGGAAGAACAGCAAGUGCAGGAGGAAGAGAACAAGGGAAACCCCAAUGCAGAAAUUGAUGCCGAAGGUUCGCCUGAGACAGCAGUGGAAGCAGCAAAACCAAAGUCCGCCAGAAAGCUGGUGGAGGAGGAGAAGAGAGAAACUGGCAGCGUCAAGUGGUCCAUCUAUAAUACCUAUCUGAAGGCAUCAUCUUAUUGGACGUGGAUUAUUCUGUUCACUUUAGUUGUUGCGACCCAAUUCCUCGGAGUCUCAGGAAAGCUCUGGAUCAAGGUGUGGGGUGAGGCCUACGGUGCACCAAACUCCACCUCUAUGUAUAUGUACAAGCCUUGGGCGACUUCCCACCAUGACGUGCUCAUGGACGAGUCGUAUCACAAUCUCCAACUCGUGCAAAACGCAGUCGCUCCCUCCGUUCCGGGCAAGUUCCUCGGCAUCAACUGGCCUCCUGCUCAGCAGCAUCCGUUCUUCUACGUUGGCAUCUACCUGGCCAUUACAUUAUCCACUGGCCUAGUCAAUAUCACCGCAGUCAUUACCCAGUAUACCGGAGCGUUGAGGGCUUCGCGAGUUCUGUUCGGGCAAAUGUUGAGGACGGUCGUGAGAGCUCCCAUGCGUUGGCAUGAUGUCACUCCGCAAGGCCGCAAGUUGAAUCGUUUCAGUAAGGAUAUAGAAACGGUGGAUUCUUCCCUUGCGAGUUCACUGCAGGCCGUUAAUACUUCGCUGGCGAGUUUCGCUGCAUCUGUAAUCACAGUAGUCGUCGUCUUUCCGCUCUUCAUCAUCCCUGCUUCAAUCCUCAGCUUUUUCUAUCGCCGUGCAGUCAUUGGAUACCUCCAUACUGGUCGUGAUCUCCGUCGUAUGGAGUCUGUCACGCGCAGCCCAAUCUUCGCAAAUUUCAACGAAUUGCUGGAAGGUAUUGUCACAGUGCGCGCCUUCUCCGCUGAGCAGCAUUUCCUAGAGGAUCUUUACACCAAAGUCGAUCUUACCACUAAAAUGUGGUACAGCUUCUGGAUGACUAACAGGUGGUUGUCCUUGUAUUUCGAUUUACUCAACGCAUGCGCUGUUCUGGCGACGACGUUAUUCGCACUUGCAGGCUAUGUCGAAGCAGGUAUUGCUGGUGUCUCCAUCACAUCAGCCAUGUCCUUCACUACCAGUGUCUACUGGGCAUGCCGUUUCUGGACGUCCUUGGAGCUCGACCUCAACUCCGUAGAACGAGUUGUUGAAUACUUGGAUCUUCCUCAGGAGCCACCCGCUGUUAUUGAAUCAAACCGUCCUCCUGCUUACUGGCCGUCGUCCUCGAGUCCUAACAAGGACUCAAUGAUUGCUGUGGAAGAUCUCGUUAUCAAGUAUUCGCCAGAGCUUCCUGCGAUCUUACACGGUGUCUCGUUCACUCUCAAAGCGAAGGAGCGGAUUGGACUGUUGGGGAGAACAGGUAGUGGGAAGUCGACACUUGCGAUGAGCAUCCUGCGUUUCGUUGAUCCGAGUAGUGGGCGUAUUCUAAUUGAUGGCGUUGAUAUCUCCAGCAUUGGACUUCAUGACCUCCGCUCAAGAAUUACAUUUAUCCCGCAGGAUGCUACUCUCUUCUCGGGAACGCUGCGAGACAACCUUGAUCCCUUCGGCGAACACGAGGAUAGCGAAUGCCUCGACGUACUGUACCGUGUCCAGAUGCUGACAGACAGCCAGUUGGAGUCUCAAAAGUCAUCGCGCGAGCCCUCGCGUCCGGCGUCAAUUAUAGAACGAGAAGGCACCAUUGCGUCUGUAUCCAUGAGUGCAACCGAGACGGAAGGCAAGACGGUCAUCACGCUGGAUACACAGGUCUCUGCGGGUGGGACGAACUUCUCUCAAGGCCAAAGACAGCUCAUAGCGAUGGCACGGGCUUUGCUCCGCCGGAGCUCGAUCAUUGUUCUCGACGAGGCCACGAGCAGCAUCGAUUUCGCCACCGACGCAAAGAUCCAGGCGACUAUUCGAGAGGAGUUCAAUGACUCGCUCUUGCUGACCGUCGCGCAUCGCUUACGGACUGUCAUCGACUACGACCGUCUCCUCAUUCUCGACAAGGGUGAACUCGUAGAAUUCGACACGCCGCUGAAUCUCAUCCAGAAAGAAAAUGGCAUUUUCCGCAACAUGUGCCUCAAGAGUGGGACAUUUGCAGAACUCGAGGCUGCAGCGAAGGCAAAAGCAGAGCGGGACUUGCUAUUCCCAGUUUGGCAACUGUCUAAGUAUCUCCGAACCACUACCCUGAAGUUCAUGAUUGUUCAAGGCCUUCGGGAUCUUGUCUUCUGGCAUGGAUAUAGCCCCCGGACAUUAUUUAAUUCUAGGAGAUUCCACCCUAACAGACAUAACACGAUUGCUCGACUACCCAGCAGGAACGUGGAGGUGUACACUUCUGAAAACUCUGUUAUCGCAGGGUUUUGGCAAUAUGGCAGGGUCACUUGGGUCACCUUCUUCGCUUGGUUGACCAACGUCUUGUGCGUACCGGUGGACUGGGCGAUUUUCGAAUAUGAUGUUGAGACGCGCCGUGUUGGCGAGGAGAAGCGUUCCGGGGAUACAAUCGUGCAGCCGGGACAUUACGUUUUACUCACUAUCGAUGGUCGUCCUACCAGGGUUUUCGUAGCUUCCGAACGUGCUCGUCCUCGAAUUCCUACGCACUCAGAGACUCCCGCCCGAGACAACCAUUAUCGUUUACGUUCGCGCGCUAGGGACGGCAAGUGCCUCAUUACCGGAUUGGAAGCGAAUACGUAUUCCCGACUGAAAGCCGCUCAUAUCUUCCCGACUGAAAGCCGCUCAUAUCUUCCCGCGAGCGCAUUUGACGGAGUGGCUACGAAAGGGCUAUGCCAGCAUGAUUACCGAUACUCUGGACGAAGCGUACCUCGGAGGAUCCUCCAAGAUCGAUUCUGUGCAGAAUAUCAUUACAUUGCGGAGCGACUUGCAUGA